CCCGGCAAGGGUCGGAUCUGGGCCCAUCGGGAUUUGUCUCGGUGUCCCGGCGGCCCAGUCCGACCCUGAGGACACAAGAAUAUUAGAAACCAACUUCAUCUGACUGCUUAUGCUUUAUGGGGAGGUCACACUCCGUGUAACACACGACUCUCAGUUUGGGGUCAUUUUCUAGACAUAAAAGUCACAGCACUUCACUAAUUGAUUAUAGGCUUCUAAUGGAUUUGUUAUUGUGCAUCCUAAAUAGAAUCACUAUCAGGGUGUGGGUGGAUAGGGAUCAGAAGUAUCUGAAUUCUCUGCAACUGGAAUUAUGUCCAUGUACUCUGUGUAUAUUCUUCUCUAAUAACUGUCUUUUCCCCAUGUUUUAAUAUCCAGGCUGACAUCUGGUCACUCGGCAUUGCAGCCAUCGAAAUGGCGGAGGGACUCUCAUUCAGCAAACUUCCACGACAGAAGCUGAUUGAGAAGAUCACACGCGGUCCCGCGCCAACAUUAACACCAUGGGGAAAAUGGAGCGACGAGUUCCGUUUCUUCAUUUCCGAGUGCCUGCAGAGAGAACCAUCGAAAAGACCGUCUGCAAGGCAACUUCUGUCCCACCCCUUCAUUGGAGAGAUCAGGGGUGAAAGGGGUGUGCAGAAGAACAUCGCCCAACAGCUGCACAGAGGAAUGAAGCACUAAAAGAACAGAAGGAGGCAGCCAUCGGGG